AGCGGCAUUUCCUUCUCGUUGCAUGGUGGGCUGCCGGCGGAAUGCUGCUGUGGCUCGCUUCCGUGGAUAUCGAUAAGGCAUUUGACUUUACUGUGUAAUUCAGAUAUGGUUUAAGUAGUAAUCAAUGAUAUUCCGGUAGAAAACCAUUUCUUUCCAAGAUGAAGUUACUCAGCAAAGCCAUUGAGAAGGACAAUGGCGGUCAGGUGACCCUGAUGCCCGAAGAGCCUGAAGACAUGUGGCACACUUACAAUCUUCUGCAGGUGGGCGACAGCCUCCGGGCAUCCACCUUCAGGAAAGUUCUGACGGAGUCGUCUACUGGUAGUGUUGGGAGCAAUCGAGUGAGAACCACCCUCACCAUCUCCGUGGAGGCCAUUGACUUUGACACACAGGCGUGCCAGCUGCGGGUAAAAGGCACCAAUAUCCAGGAGAACGAAUAUGUGAAGAUGGGAGCCUACCACACCAUCGAGCUGGAGCUGAACAGAAAGUUCACACUGGCCAAGAAGGUCUGGGACAGCGUGGUCCUGGAGCGCAUUGAACAGGCCUGUGACCCCGCCCAACAAGCAGAUCUGGCAGCUGUCAUCAUGCAGGAAGGCUUGGCCAACAUUGUGCUGGUGACCCCGGCUAUGACCUUACUGAGGGCCAAAGUAGAAGUGACCAUCCCCAGGAAGCGCCGAGGGAACUGCACACAACAUGACAAGGCUCUCGAGCGCUUCUUUGAGGCAGUGAUGCAGGGCAUCCUCCGGCACAUCAGUUUCGAUAUUGUCAAGUGUGUUCUGGUCGCCAGCCCAGGCUUCGUCAAGGACCAGUUUUGCACCUACCUGUUUGGGCAAGCGGUAAAGACCGACAACAAGAUUCUGCUGGAGAACCGCUCCAAGUUUGUGCAGGUGCACUCCUCCUCGGGCCACAAGUACUCCCUGAAAGAAGUCCUGUCAGACCCCACGGUGACCAGUCGGCUUGCAGACACUAAGGCUGCCGGUGAGGUGAAGGUCCUGGAGGAUUUUUAUAAGAUGCUGCAGCAGGAGCCUGAUCGAGCAUUUUACGGUGUGGCUCACGUUGAAAAAGCGAAUGAAGCUAUGGCCAUCGACGUCUUGCUCGUCAGUGAUGAGCUUUUCAGGCACCAGGAUGUGGCCACCCGAAGUCGUUACGUCAAGCUUGUGGACAACGUCCGUGAUAACGGGGGGACUGUCAGGAUAUUUUCCAGCCUGCACGUGUCAGGAGAGCAAUUAAACCAACUGAGCGGCGUGGCUGCCAUCCUCCGCUUCCCCAUCGCCGACCUCUCUGACGCAGAGGAGGACUCCAGCUCUGAUGAAGAGUGAGGAGUGCGAGGAGGAGCAGCGAGGUGCCAUGGGGGUACAGUGUGCUGCUGGACUGCCUGCCCCUGGCUUUGUCACGGGGUCUGCUGCUACGUAAGACCCCCAGCUUCAUCUGACCGUGCUCAUGUGUUCAAAAUUGGAGAGAAGUAAUGGGGGGCUGGGCGUGGGGGGGGCUUGAAGACAAAAAAACAAAAAAACAAAAAAAUAACCGCAAGUCGUUUUAAGUUUGUGUUUAAUGGAUUUAUUUCUUAACAUGCCGUCCUCAGCCUCU